AUCUUUGUCUCUACCUCACAAGUCAGAACAACACAAAAAUUAGAGUGUAGCUGCCGGUCACGCACCUCAAACUGUUCUGCUAUUCCUUCAGCCCUGACAUCAUACCUGAACCGGUUCCAUUGCAGUUACAGUGCAUGUUCUCGAGAGAUAAGCAGUCGAUGGCUGCGCCCAUGGCGGCGGACGGCGGGCUGAGGCGGCUGUUCGAGAAGCCGCUGCCGGAGAACCCGACGCUGCUGGAGGCGCUGUCGGCGUGCAACCGCAACGUCCACCCCAAUAAGUCCAUCGACCCCUCGUCCUUCACCGAGAUCUUCGGCGAGCUCCACUUCCAAGAGAAGCAGCAGCCGGAGCGAGCCGUCCUCAUGUCGCAGCCACCGCCUCGCCCUCCUCCGCGCACGGCGUCGUGGGUCGACAUCGCCGCCGAGGCCGAGAUGAGCAACUUGAGCAAGGACGACUCGUCGCUGGACGGUCUCCUGAGGCCCAAGCCGGCGAGCACCGUGAAGAGGAGCGCGAGCUUCUGCAUGAAGAAGAGCUCCGCGUCCCUGCUGCUGUGCACGGAGGGCCUCGGCUCCGAGAGCACCGUGGACGCCGACGACAUGCUCAAGGACGGCGACGCCGAGGCCGAGGCCUCAGCCGCGGCGGCGCUCAGCGGCCACAGCAAGAAUACGGACACGGACACGGACACGGAGAGAAGCAGCGACGUGAAGGACGCUGGCGCCGGCGCAGUGGAACAUGGAAAGGCGGAGAAGCAGCCGCCGUCGUUCCCGCCGCCGAUACGGUCGAUCGGGCGCGGCGGCGGGAAAUCGCGCGUGUGCUUCCGGUCGUUCCGGGAGGACGGGCGGUUUGUGCUGCUGGAGGUGGUGAUCCCCGGGAAGGAUCUCCUGCAGGCGACGCGCGAGGGCGGGCGGCUCAGGCUGCAGUUUACCAAGGGCGCCGCUGCAGCCAUGGCUGGUGGUGUGGGCGUCAACGAGGCGGUGCCCGGAGGAGACGACGACACCAAGCGUCCAAGCAAAGAAACAUUAGUCAUGUGAUGCCAUGCCAAUAUGCCAUGGUGUGUGGUUCAUGGCGAUCAAAGGCAGGAGUAGGAAAGCAGGUGAAGGCACAAAUCAUGAGAAGCAUCGGCUACCUAAAGCUUGUUGAGAGUGAUGAAAGACGCUAUGUUCGUCCUAUUCAGUCAGAAAUUCAGAUUCCACAUCACAAUAUGAAUACAACACCUUGAUCCUUGAGAUGUUCAGUGAUCUGUACGUCACAGAGUGAUGAGCAGAGCAUCUUCGUGCUGCGUCUUGACGCACACAUCCGAUCCGAGUGUAAUCCAACUAUCCAGCAGUAGGAAUUCGGACUUAUGCAAUGUUGGUGGUGGAUCAGGGAAUCCAUAUAUGAGUAGGGGCAAAAUAUGGAAUCCAAGUUGAAUGCAGAUAGUUGAAUAAAAGAAAUAUCCCAGCGCAUUGUGCUGGCUGUGUU